UUUCUACUUUUAUUAUUAUUAUGUACGGUGUACGGUUUUUGGAUGCAUUUCUUAAGCAGACCGAGAUGUGAAGAAAAUACUGGUAAAAUGUGAGUCACUUUUUAUCUUCUUGUGUCCGGUGACAUGGAUCUCACAGAUAGCAGGCGCUCCUUUCAGCACAGCAGCUGAGGCAGUGUGAGUAGGAGGGACUUAAGGAGAGCUCCUCCACAGCACCGUGCUGUUGCAGAACACGAGCUGUUCUCCAGGCAUUUUUUUAACUGAUCAGGCGUUUCUCCGGAGAAACCUGUCCCCUCCAUGUGCUCUCAGAGGCUCCACGGAGGGUAAAGCACCGGGGGAUGCUGGGAUAACGCGGGAUGCUGUGGAGUGAAAACACCGUGGGUGGAAGGCUCAGAGUGAACCAGCGGGUGGUGACAACCGAAUGGCUUCCCACGAGCUGCUCUCCGCAGACGACGCAGACAAAGAGUCGAAUCCCCCUCCUGAAGUCCAUGACCGAGUUCCCAUCAGGGCUCAUGUCAGAAAGUCAGGCGGAUCAACAGGAGGAGCGCUCCCUGGAGAGUCUGUUGGUGCGGCGGGCCACAGCUGCAGUCGUGGUCGUUAUCUUUCAGCACCAAGGACAGCGUCGCGGAAAGGCGGAGGCGUGGAGCUUAAACCCAGUCACAGCCGUGAAGAGAAAGACGCCGGAAAGUCACGAUCCUGUGAGGAAUUAGAGACAUUUUUCACCAGCGGUGAUGAAAACGUCACCCUGCGUCUGUCCAGCCCGGAGACGAGUUGCAGAAGUCCUUCGAGGCCCGUGCGCAACGGCGAGCCUUGCUCUGAAACCUUCCCUGACUUUUCCUUCAUGUCUGAGGAUGAUCUCUCCAUCACGGAGAGCUCGGGAAGCUCUAUAGACUACGGCUUCAUCAGUGCCGUCACAUUCCUGGUCACUGGAAUCUCCUUAGUGAUCAUUUCCUACGCGGUGCCUCGGGAUGUGGUGGUGGACCGUGACAGCGUGUCCGCCAGGGAGAUGGAGAGACUGGAGAUGGAGAGUGCUCGGAUAGGUGCCCACCUGGACCGAUGUGUCAUAGCAGGACUGUGCCUACUCACGCUGGGUGGCGUGGUGCUCUCCAUGCUGCUGAUGGUCUCCAUGUGGAAGGGGGAAAUGUACAGGAGGAAGGUGAUCGCGUACUCCAAGCGCUCUGCCAAACAGUACGGCUCUAUCAGUCUAAAAACCAGGACCAGUCCCAGCCACUCUUCCGUGCACUUGUCCCUGGAGGAGGAAGUGGAAGAGACUUUGGCAUAAAAUGCUGCAAAAAUGUUCGAACUGUUUAUGUCCUACUAACGACCACAAAGUCAGUCUAAAACACCAGACAUUUAUAAUGCAAGGGCAACUACUGCAUUGCCUGUUCUGGAAUUAUCUGGAGGUACAGUAUGCAGGAAGUUUGUGAAAAAAAAGUUCCAAUUUAUUACAGAGCAAUUAAACAGUUUAUAUUUCAGAUCACAACAGUAUGAUAACUAAAGGGUAUCUGUCUAUAAUAGUCAUGUCUGUCAUCUGAUACAUUUCAGGGAUUUGAGAGCCACAUCAUAAAGAGAAAUUGGGCAAAUAAUGGAAAUACUGAAGAACAACUGCAGAUACUGAGUGACCUAUUUUUGUCCUUUCAAAAACUCCUGCAUAAUCUACCUUCACCUUGGCGCUGCACGAUGCUUCACAAAGUAACUGUCUAAAUCUUUGUGUCACGAAACCAGCUUUAUCUGUUUUUAUACUCAAGAUGGAAUGUCUCAGAACCUGCACUUGCUUUUAAACCAAUUCAUUUUUUAUGCAAAUGUUUCCAAAUGCAAAAAGAAUACCAUACAGAGACACUAUUCUCAAUACUGUGGAGGUCAGUCCUCUCCCCAGGCAGGAGGCUGGUUAUAUGGAGGGGUUUGCAGCAGUCGCUGUCCUCCUCCAAUGUAGCAAAAUCAGCUCAGUGGCCCACGUGGUAAUAUCCAGUGACAGUUCCACUCUGGUGCAGUGCUGAGGUAAGCUAGUAAGCCUGGCGUCAUGUAUCUGAGGGCAAAGCACUACGGCAGGUUGAUUGUAUGAGCAGGCUGACAACCUUGUGGAGACACCUUGCUGGUUUGCCCUGUGUGACCUCCUCGUCUCUUUGCUCCUCUGUCCUUACUCACUCUGAUGUAGGAGAUCAUUUCCUGUUUGGCAGAUGAUACAUGGACAGCAGCAGGGACUUCAGAUGUGUUGUUUCAACAACAUGUUAGACGCAUGCCCUUGCACAGAAACAUAUAAAUAUAGGACAACUGAGGGUUUGACUGUAUUAGACUGCAUUCCACCUAAAAAGACAAAAUGCUGACACAGUUGUACAUGUCUUCACUCAAUCACAACCCAGAAUCAGAUUCUGUGAUUUCAGAAUAAUGCCGUACUGUACAAACUGGAAAUUGAAUCAAAAUCUGCUACAGCCAUGCCAUAUUUCAGAUUGAGCAAAAGUUGAAUUGUUCUGCUAUAAUUUUAACCCACUUUAAAUAAUUUGAGUGGUUCAGAUUUAAUUAAAGUUCUUCUUAUGUACCAAAUUAUCGAGGGCAACAGUUUUGCACCAAGUUAAAAAAAACAAAAAAACAAAAAAAAAAAAAACACAGGGGAACAGUUUGUCCUCAACUAUUUUUACAGGAUUAAAUUUGCUGUCCUUUGAAAAGGUCUUGUAGCCUCGUCUUUUGUCAUCCAUCUUUACAUGUACAGUAAAAUCACUGUCUGUGUGCAGAGACACACCAAGCCUUUGAAAAAUGCUUUGACAAAACUGGUGCCUACACUGAAAGACACUUGAGGACGUCAAUGACACGAAGCUAAAAGAAUCUUGGACAAACACAGUCAAGUGCCUGUGAUAUUUACUGUUAUUUUCCCUUGGAGAAUUCUACCUUUUAUUUCGUAUGUAGGCCCAGACCUUGGUGACACAUUCUAAUGUCACAGUGAUGUAAAUACAUGGAUUUAGUUUGUUAAGACAAUGAGCAGCAUAAGCAAAUAAAGCCAUGAUCAAAAUGUCUCCUGUUUUUUUUUUCUAUUUCUUAUGUAUGCAAAAUGCAAACAUUUGUCAUCUCCACAAGUAAUCCUUGUUGAAACAGCGACACUGUAAUUCUUAUUGAUCACAGGCGAACCAUCAAAUUGAGUUCAUACAGUAUUUGUAUGUUAAUGUUGCAUUUCAACAAAACAUUCACCGAUCGUUUCAGUUCAGUGACCGUGUUACCUUGGUUUCGUGCCCUUUCGUGUUGCAGGCUCUGUGACUCCAAGGCUUUCAUUCAGAAUGACAUGAGUCAGCCUGGGCUAAUGAGAUGCAUAGAGCGAUCACUCUUUGGUAAACAGCUCCAGGCCACACUCUGGCUUUGCUCUCAUUCAGCUGCACUCCUACUGUGGAAACUGUCACGAUAUUGUAAGCAGUGGCAGUUUUGGAGCAGACAGAUUGAACAAUGUAUUUUGAUUGAAAUGUAACUAUAAUUUGAAUUUUUAAUCUUUUUUUUAGCUGUGAAUGCUAAUGGAAGGCUGUGAUGCUGCAGCGUUUUAUUUUCUGACCUCAGGUGACAGGCAUGCAUACACUAUGCUAUAAAACCUACAUUAGUCUGUGUAAUGGCAAUAAAAUACCAAAUGAAGACAUUUCCAGGGAAGGCAAUAAAAUCCUAAUGAUACAAAUGCAGCAACGUUGCCCUGUUCUUUUAGCAGAAGCUGUAAAUCCACAACCAGGAUUACAGAUGUGAAAUGAGGGGUUCAUUUAGAAGUUUUCCUGGUGCUGGCUGUGGAAACACAAAAAUACCCAAGCUGUGGACUCUGAUUUAGUCAUCUGUCAUUUUUUACAAACCAAAUUAUCCAUAAUAACUGUAACUCUGUCCAAAGAGAAAAGAAGCAACCGACAGCUACGAGCUGCCAGGAAUGACGAAUGAUAAUUCAGUACUGCAGCAAUGCAAGUGUUUCACAUGACACACAUGCGGUACGCUCCAGCAUCUCACUGAAGUGACAUCACAUGUGAGAGCAUCACAGCAGAGGCUGAUUGCAGACACCACAGUGAUCUAUAAACACAGACUUGCCUUCUGUGUGCAACACACUCGACUAAAUGGUUUCCAGUUUCCUAUUCUUUUUCAACCCCCGCCUCACCUCGCCCUCUGUCUGUCCUCCUCUGUGGUUGGCACUGAGUUUCACAGCCAGCACCAGGCUUUCCUCUCCUGCAGCCAACUAACUGUGUUUGCAGGAUUUAAUCGGGGAUUUGCUUGAAGCGACAGCAUUUAACGUGCCAAGCGCAAGUGUUUUUCCAGAGGUUUCAUGUAUAAGCUCUUUAUCCGUACACAGUGCGAAGUUUAAUCAGACCAUAUUGAUAUGGUUGGCUCCUGUGUGACUUCAGGUAAGCCCUGAGAGCUGCUGCCAUCAGCUAAUUCUCAAAGAUGGUAUUGUACUCCCUUAUAUUUAUGCUAAUCCUCAUACAUUUGUGCUUUAAUACCAGGGAAUUUUGGGAAUGUCGACGUACUGUUGAGUUGUUCUAGCCGACUGAAACAGACCUGUGAUGGUGCAUCAGAUCUAACUGUCUGAAAGGUGUGUGUGGCAGUCUCCAUGUGACAUAAAUAAAUUAAAAUUUGAUGCCAUGUUCCAGCUAGUACAUUUUAAGAAAAAAAACAACAUCUUUGAAAACUUUUAUGAUACACGUUCUCAGAAUUACACAGAGAACCUUUUAAGUUGCUGUUGGGAGAUGUGCGUUUUAGAAGUGGCCUGAAUGGACUUUGCUUACAUUUACUUUGCAUACUGAAUGAGUUGCAACUACAUUAACAUUGUCUUUUAAGCAUUUUGUUCACACCCAGCGUCCUUGCAACGGGUUUGCAUCUUGUCCCAGAAUCAGAGUAUAAGGAAAAGUUGGCACAAGCCAACAGGAGCACACCACACAGGCAUAUUAUCAGCCACCAGGUCACCUAAACCCAAAGGAAAACACAAGGGUUAAUGUGUCACUGCCCAAGCCUUUUUCUUCAGCGAUGGCUAAUGAAGCCAAACUCUGACUUCAGUGUCAUUAUUGUGUCCUGUCACAUCCUUGACAGGUGCAUCAGUCUUUGUUCUAAUCCUCUAGUUCAACCCUAAUGAUAUGCAAACAAUUGCUACCAAAAUAAAUAAAAAUUCUUUUAAGGCCAGAAACAGUGAGGUCUGAGAAAAAAAUUCAGAAAGAUCAGAUUCACCUGACAAACAUAGCACCAAUUCACCCAUCCAUCAACACAUUCUUUCUAACAUACUGUUCUUUUAUAUGCAGGACCAGGCUGUGAGGUCCUGCUGCGUUUCUCCUGCCAGCAAACAUAAGGUGAUGACAUGUGGUCACUGCACCUGGUCAGAUGAUACUGCAGCUCCUCGUACAGAACCACAAUCUGUCAGAAUAGAACAUGUAACUUUUACAUGGUUGGGAUUGUAUUCCAUUUGGACACCAGCGUUGUCUCCUGUUCCCUGGCUGCUAAGGCAGAACCUAAUGUUCUGAACCCCGUUCUUUCUAAUUUACUGCAUAAACAGAACCAUGUUUUCUUGCACUCCAACUUUAGGCAUAAAAAAAGAAAGACACUCUAUCAUUGUGUGUAUUAGAUAUAUUCAUAUCUGCAGCUCCAUUUUUCAGUGGACACUGAAGCCAAAAAUGUUUCCACUCCGAUUGAUUGCUGUGGAGGAGAACAUGAAAGCCAAACUCCUCGGGGACAUUAUUUCAUUCCUGGUUCCGCCCAUCACUCUAGUCAGACGGGAUAUUUAUAGUCAUUGUGGAUUUUGGGAAGCUCAUUGUAUUGUAAAUGUAGUCCACACAGCAGUCUAACAUGGACCACUGUUUCUUUUACUGCUGCUACAAUAUCCUUAUUCUGCUACAACCACCAUCUUCCAUUUUAGUUUUAUGGCAUUAAAGUGAGUAUGUCUGUGCUAGUGUCUGAGUUAAGAUCGGACUGUCAAAGGGCCUCAAAACAAAAUGACAUUGAAAUAUUUCAAUAUGCCCUUGACAUUUACGAAGUAAGAGAAUUAAACAUGAAUCAAUAAAAAAAAAAGUUAAAUACAGUUGCAAAACCUAACUGUAAUGUCGGUAUAAGUAAAUUAGAUAAUAAAUCAAAUAAUCAAUAAUGAAUAAAAAAUAAAUAAAUAAGUGGAUGGGAACAACUAGGUAAGGAUAUAGUUCUACCAUAGCCGAGAAGAGAGCUUAAAGCUAGGUGAGAACAAGGUUCAAAUCUAGCUUGAUAAUAGCUAUCCAUUAGAACUAAAGCAACAAAACACUUCCCUUCAAAACCCAAAGACAUAAAAAAGUAAAUUUACUAAAAACUUCAAUCUUUCAGACAGGGAAGUGGUGGACUGGAAGCAGAUUUGUGUCUGGUGCUGAUGGUUAUGGGUUUAAGGCAGAGGUCACAUUUGGUUGUGUGUAGUGGUGUGCUGUAUCAGAAUGACAAUUACUUUUGCUUUCACUUUACAGUUAACCCUGAAAGUACCAGAAACUGAAAUACAAUAACGGCAACAUAAAGGCAAUCAAUAAUGAUAUCAAGUUAGGCUAAAAAGAGCAUAUUAAGUAGUAAGUAAGUAAGCAGGUGGUCAUAGAACUGCCCUGGAACUGAUUAUUAUUAGAUACUCCCUCCUCAUCAGUACUGGCUUGGCCUUGUUCUUUUUCUCAUCUCACCGUUUUGCUCUCCGUGGCUCAGCACUUUCCUCUGCUGCUGGUAAAGAAGAACUAACCCCUGUUCCUACAACAAGAGACCACAACUAGCUCUGGUGUCAAAGGAAUUGAUGUCUCUGGUCAGCUGUCCUCUGAAUGCUGGCACUUACUCUUCAGGAGUGCUCAGUCACUCAUCCGUCGGUCAACCUCACUGAUGCUGCCUCAUCCCACAGCUCGGCAACUGGACCCAUCAUAACAUGACACAGUCUCUGCACAGCCACUUCCUGUGUGUGCUGUAGUUGGCACAGUAAAAAUCACUGUAUUAGACACAACAGCACCGUGGCAGCCCUGGUGGAUGAGAGAGGAAAUUUGAGGUGAUCUUACAGUAAAACCACUCAAACACUCCACACAGGCCUCCCAGGUUACAUCUCUGUCUCCCACAGUCGCUGCUAUUAUCCACUACAGUGAAUUUUAAAUGUGCUCUUUUUGCACAGGCAGUGGUGUGGUUACCCCACAACAACAAUACUAAGCUUGGAAUUCCUGUCAGCUAAAUGGCUCCUUAGCUCAGCUGAUAUGGUUAAUGUUGACUUAUUAUAGUAACAAAUCACAAGGUCAUUACACCCAUUGAUCACCACACUGUUUAAACCCUGCUAUAAAUCACCUGGUGCUGGGCUCCAUUGAUUCAAUUUGUCUCAAAUUGCUAAUGCAGUUAUGUACGGCCGCUCGGUGUAUGUGCGUUUAUCCCUCUACCUAUAAUCAUGGUAAAUAAUGACUGCCUGCUAUUUCACAUCAGCAAACAUUGUGAUUCCGUACAGGGGAUGGUAAAGUGACUGCAGAGCAAGAAAACAGAAAACACAAUGCACUGAAGGCUGAGGAGUUAAAUAACAUUGAAAUUAAAAAAUAUUUAAACUCAAACCUUUCAUAUUGAGAGCUUUAAAUGCCCUCUUUAGUUAGACUUCAACUAAACAUACAACAAUUCAUAUUAGAUUAUAGGUCAGCCAAGCAGCAGCCAGAAAUAUAGCAACAUAAUAAAAGUGAGUGGAAAUGCAGUUACCCUAUAUGUAGUAUACAUGUACUACACUAUCAGCAGAACAAGAUGGCAGCAUCCAUAUGCAGUAAAAUCAUUUGGACCAUGUUAAUGAUGGUGGUCCUGCUGUAUAUAAGUACUAUAGUAAUACUACAGGAAUUUUAAAAAGUUAAUAGAAAAAUAACACAGCUGACAAUUUGUCAUUUAACCUGACACCCAUUGGACAUAUCAGAGCUAGGCUAAAUUUGGUCCAUUUCAAAGGGGCUUGAGAGCUGCACAUGGGUCAGGGAGCCACAGGUUGUAGACCCCUUACUCAUGGCACCAUGUUUAUAAAUAUUCAGAAGUUAUUUUCAGUAAUAUCCAUCACUGCAGUUAUUCUUGAUGGACAUCUGUCAUUCAUGAAGCUCAUUUUCAGACCAAAACAUUGACUUUGAUUCUCCACCCAGAGCAGUUUCACUUGACACCAUUUCUGCCACAAAGACAUGAACUUGGAAGUCCACGAUCAGUCUGCUUGUGCAUGUCAACACAUGUCUUUUUGUAGCUUCCACUUUGAGAAAUCAGCUUUGUUUAGACUCUGAACCAGGCUGCAGAUAAAGGAUAAUCUCUGGCCAAAAAAAAAAGGCCCAGACAAAAAGCAAAUGCUGCAGAGCUGAUUGUCUGUGCUGCAUUUCAUUUGCCUCCAGUGUUGGGUUACAAGCGAGCAUCGUUCUGCUGAGAGAUGAUACAGGCUGGUGGAGAGAGCCAGCAGGCUGUGGAGAGAGGGAAGAUGCUUGACCUGGGGACUGCACACAAGGGGAAAUACAUGAGCUUACACACAUGUACACGGUAUAUGGGAACAGAGACAAACUGUGUGCACAUGUGUCUGCAUGCAUGUGGUGUGUUAUGCCAUGGUUCCAGCUGGGCUCUACAAAGACCAGUUUGCUGAUCACUGCAAGUAAAGUGGGCCAUGUAGCCCGUGUAGAAGUUUUGCAAAAAAUGGUGUGAUUACAAAACUUUACUUCAGUAAGAGCUCAUACAAGUUUCAGUAAAUACAGAGGCAUCAAAACUUGAAUGUAAAAACAUUUAGUAUCGUCACCAUUGCACGUUAUCCUCAUGUGCAUUCUGACGUCUCUUUUCAAGUUUCAGAAGGUUUGGGAUAUUUGCCUACAACUGGAUUACAACCCCACCUUCAAGGGGAGAUGUUUGGCUCUUUGAGCCUCAUCAUUGUGCUCGGAGUACAUGGCAAGAUUAAUGCAACAUAAAUGGCCUUCUAACAAGAAGACAACUGUAAUGUGCAGAGUUGCAGGCAUGACUCAAAUUAAACUUUCACACCACAGGAAUUAGGUGGAGAAAUGUAUUAAGUAAGUAGUUUGCUAUACAGAUCCGGUCCAGGCACGAAGACAGAGACGGGGGAACACAAGGAAACUCACAACAGAAAGCUCUGAGAAACAGUUCAACGUGAAGGGAGGGAAGGAGGGAGGUGUAUACACCCAGGUCACCAGGUGAGUUUAAUCAAAAGACAAGGACAGGACACAGGUGAAUGUGGUGACACUAAUUACCUAAUUAAGCUCAUCACACAUCUGGUCUGGAUUUUCCUGUGCUGACCUAGCCUGGAAUGACGACUAUAUGCAGAGGCCUUUACAGGUAAAUUAAUCGUCUGAACAGAUAACUUCUAGCAGCUGUGUUGUACAAGUCAGAGAUUUAAAGGCGACAACAAUAAAUUCACAUCAAUCAAAUAUAAAUAGAGACGCAGCAAAAUAUCACACUACACACAGUUUUUGUGUGUACAAAACAUUUUACAAUAACUGGACACGUUACAACCUACGCAUUUGUUUUGCUGUGAAAUACACCGCUAUUACAUCCCCAAGCUGAAGAUGGCAGCAUUAGACCUCAAAUCCCAAGCUCCAGCCUGAACCAACAGCGCUGCACUCAGUGCCCUGUCAGCAUGGAGAGCAAGAUGCUGUGAGAAUAGGCAGUGUGAAAUCCCGGUAUUACAGUACUGAUCUUUGUAAAUCACUGUGGAAAUAUAUAAAUGUACAGGGUUUAAGAAACAAUAACCAGAGUCUGAAUGUGGCCUCUGUACUCACUGCUACAUGGAGUACUACUGGACUGCCACCAGUAUAUUUAUAAAUGCAAGAACACAACUUUCCUAUAGUAGUUCAGCACCCUGGCCUCCCCACUGUGGUAUUGUGCAACAUCUGGCAACAACGCUGUAUUGAUUUUGGCUGAGGUCAGGAAGAAGUGGCGACUGGACGUAGGGAAGGGGUGGGACGGUGGCGUGAGUGUGAGUCAGGGCACAGGUCUCUGUGAAGGAACUCCUGUUUGUCCCUGUGAGUGUUUACCGUCAAGUGCUGCUUUAACAUUCAAGGAGAGCGAGUGUUUGUCCCCGAGGAGAUGAGACAGCCAGAAACUGAAUAAUUCAUUCAGACCUGUGCUUUCUUCUCACAACAGCAGGAGUCCACGACCAGCUUAAAAAGAACCAAAAACACUUGGUUUUGUUUUCUUCUUAACAUUAUAAUUUGUUCUGUUCUGUCUUUUUGCUGCUACUUUCCUAUCACUAUCUCUUUCAUUUAUCAAUUUCACAGAAUCUAUCUUUCUGCCUUGGGAGCCAAAGUGUUAUGCAACUGAUAUAGUGAUGAUAAUGCCCUGAUCUGAUGUCUUAACACAAUAAUACCUCCACCCUGCUCACCUCCCUCCCCCUGCUCCUCUCUCCAUGUCUUGCCAUGAGGGGGGCUCUUUGCGGGAAACUCUAGCAUACAAUCGUAUCUACUCCCAUCUCAAGUUUCCCAGUGGCACCGUGCACCGAUGCAAAGCAGUGCAUUCUCAUCAUCCUAACCUUCAAAUCUGCUUUUCUCCCUCUUCAUCUCAGUAACUCUUCACUCCUCUUUGGCUCUCUCAUGUUUCUCCCCUCUGCUGUCCUCAUCCGCCUCUUGCUCCACCUUGCAAUGAUGCAGAGGAAAAUCAAAAAGUGACAGAGAGUAACCGAAAUCAUCGUGUAAUUGUGUGACCGAAUAGAUGUCCCAGCAGGCAAUGAGUCUGUUCGAACUGUCAGGGCUGUAAUUGCCAGUGUCUCUGUUCUGCUAAUGAUUUUGGAAUUUCGCUUUGAUAAGGUUUUUACUCCACGGCUGAUUGAUACAAUGUCUCCUCCUUUUUAUUGACAAUUUCAAAACAUGUGCUCGUGUUGGAGCAAGGGUUGGUCUUCUGGGAAAAGAAAACGUCCUACUGCCAGAGUUUAAUACAGAGAGUGUGAACAUUCAAGCUAGUUCAAAUAGAACAAGACAAUUCAGUUCAACAAGCUGGAUGAGAUUUUCCCUAUUAGUGGAACAACUGUAUUCUAUAGAAAGGCACUUACAUGCAGAUGUACAUGACAGUAUAACAUUACGUACUUACAGUACCAUUGGGAGUAAUCAUGUGAUUAUAUUGGUGUUAUUGAUCAGCCAUUUCCUUUAGUGUGACCUACAGUCCUGUACCUUCUAAACAUCAUUUCACAUGUAGCUGGAGAAAAGAGUAGCUUUGUCAUCUGGCUGAACUGCAUGUGUUGACCAGAGCAGUGAUUCCCACCAUAGGGGCAGGGCUGAAACUUCUAUUCCAUUUUACACCCUCAGGACUUCAUAAGUUAUUGAAGACACUAAUAAGGCUGUAGUUUCAGUUGCAUUUUAUUUCAAUUUAAUUUACAGUCCAUUUAUUUAAAAAUAUUUACACAUUAAUUUAACAUGCAACCUGAUAGUUUUUUAUUCAUCUUCAUCAACAGAUAUUGAAUCAAGCCAGCAAAACCGUAGUUAACCAUAGACAAAGCCUCAAUAUGUUUUGUUAAACCAAAGCAACCUGUAUAUUAAGUGGCUUCAGGGUUGCUGAUGAAUGUUUGGUCAUUCAGACUUGAUCAAAAAAGGGCAAAGUGUUACAGUUUUAACUGAUGUGAUGACUUCAUUUCCAGUUAUCUUCCUCAGAAAAAAUUAAGAUGUUUUUAAUUGUCAUGUUAAUCACCUUUUUUCAGGUUAAACCUCAGGGCAAAAGUUUGCAAAGUAACUUUUAGUCACAGCGGCUGCAGUGGUAUAAAAAAUGGGGGUUUCAUUCCUUUAUUCACCUUCUAUAUUGGAUGAUGUAAUUUAAAAUCCUUAAAGAAAAAAAAAAGCAGUGCAUUGACUGGCCAAUAUGGAUUGAAAGUCUCUAGAUUCAGUGGCUCGACAAUGCCGAUAAAUUACGUCACCCCUUGCGCGCUGUGAUUCAUUUCUUGCUGCGUAAUUGAAGCAGCCACAGAUGAUGUCAUCCAAGCACAGGACUUCCAUUCAAAAGUUGUUUUGUUGCUGCUGUACAUGACCAGGCAGACCGGCCCCAUCACCAUAACUCUAACAAAUGGACUGGAUACGGUGAGCUGAGAGCAUACUUGGCCCCCGCUGAGCAGAUUGGCAGGAGUUUAACAUUCACUGAAGGCUUCCCCCUUGUCGUCCCUUCCACACACAGCCCUCCCUACCCCCUGAGAAGGCACAUCUAAGUUUAAAUUACAGACAGACUUGGAACCUGUUCAGAUGAGUCAUCUCAGGGUGACAGCGACAGAAGUGACUCCCUCUAACCCCAUCGGUUUGCAAGAUUGAUAAUCUAUUUGUUUUUCGACUUAAAUGAAAUGGCCACUGUUUAAUCACUUUUUAAUUCCUCCAAGUUAUUUUAUCUCAAAUCUUAUAUCACACUUUCUGUCUCUCCUCAGCUCUGGCCAAGGUUACAGAGGCAAGAGUAGUAAGUAAAAAAAAAAAAAAGCAAGGUCGAAACAAGUCUGUCCUGUCAGGACGUCCUCUUAUCAAGGUCUGUCUUUGGCUGGGAUAUGAGGACGUUGGGGCUGCUCUGUGUGUGUGUGUGUGUGUGUGUGCGCACGCGUGUGUUGAGGGUGGCGUGGAGGUGGGAGGUGAUGCAGAAUGACGUGAUCCCCUUCAUCCCGGCCAAUAAAACAGAGUGGCCAGUAAGAUCCGGAUUCGUACGUGCCGUCAAAUUCAAUAGGGUAGUGCUUUAAUGUUUUCUUUUAAUCAACCAAAUUGCAUUACACACUGCCUCUUCCAUGAGGCUCCACAGUGAAGAGGAUAGUCGGAGCUGCAGGGAUGACGUUUGGUGAGCUGGAAAAGCCAAGGGGGGCAUUUCCCCGUAUCUAAAAUGAAGUUUUGACUUUGUGAGUAGGGUAAAUUUCUCAUUCAUUAAAUAAUGCAGCAUUUCCUCUACCGUUUGGCUUUGAAUGAGUAGGACCAGGCCUCAGUGUGAAUUCAGGGUCAGACACGAUGUACAGACAGAGUACGUCAUCCUGGUAAUGAAUGCCAGCUCAACAUUGGCGACUUUGAAGGCAGAGCACUCUCCAGGCUGGACGGCGUUCACCAUCACCAGCGAGCCCCUCAACACCUCCACCUCCCUCCCCAUCAUUCUCACUGACCUCCUUCAUUCUCAUCUUUUUCCUCCCCAACCAGCGUGACUCACCCUUUAGACAAGGUACAUCAAGAACACUCUGCUAAACAGUUCAUCUUCAUUUCCCACUUCACUUUACCUUACGCAGCAAUCCUUCAAACCGAGAGAAAUUGUGAAUCUGCGUCAUGUACCGUGGUAAUCACCAGCCACCGGAUCAGCUUGCUUUCCCAGUCCACUAGUUGCUGGGAUUUUAAUUCUGAUUGGGGUUUUACAGUUGGAUGUUUGAUUCCACCUUGGAUCAGACCUCGCUGUUGUGGCCUGAAGGAUUAGGGCCUGCUGCCGCUGUCGGCCGCUCAUCCAUGAACAGAUGAAACUUCAUAGAGAGCAGUAAUCCUCCAAAGAAGGGUGGCUUUGCUACUCAGCUGCCUCAGCCACAACUCUGAAGCCAGCUGACAUUUAGCAUAAUGAUCAGUCAGAGUGGCCGAGCGUUUACACGCAGGAGAGGUUUCCCGGACACAAUUAGACCACAGUCCCUGCAUGAGCUAAAAAUGAAUCACAAUAAACAAUACCCCGUGUAUUCUCACUGUCCAUCUAAUGGUAAACUGUGAGUGGAGUGACUGGAAGAAAAGCCUCUUGUCUCAGCUGUGAUAUUGUGGUGGGUUAUCCACAAAGCUCCAAAUGACGACCACAGUUGCAAUAUUCCACACACUGUAUAGUCUGGGAUACAGGCUGCAUUUUGGUUUUUGCAAUCCAUCCUGUUAUGAGUCAUUUAUGGUAUGCUAUUAAGCAAAGGGGUUACCCAAGUUUUCCACUGUUGGAGCAACAGAGUGAUUGCAAGAAUGUAAUUUCUCACUCCAUAAUAUCACCAUUAAAAAUGGGGCUUUACUUGCAAUGAAGUGUUGAAUCCAUUUUUUUUCCUGUCUGUACAAAAACUGUCUAGAACAAGUGGAAUUAUACACUAACAAGAUCAACAUGCUUUCCCAACAUUGUGUAACCUCAAUCAUUGCUGGUAUUUAAGCAUAGAUAACUAAUGAGCUCUAACAAGAUGAGCAAGGAGGAUUAGAAUUUGAGUCCAUUUUUGGAUCAAAACAAAGUUGAAUGUUUUUAAAACUAUUUGAAAGAAGAAUUUACCAUUUGUGUUUGGUUCAACGAUGGUAAUUCUCUUUAUAUUGACACAACACAGUGUUACUUGUACAUUUUGAAUGUACGUUUAUCUCAAAGUUCACCACUUUCUGUAGCUUUCCCAGAAUUAAAUUAAAAUACAAUUCACUCCAGGGUUCUCUAUGGAUCCCUGUGUCGCAGGGUGGGAGAUGUUUAAAUAUUAUGCUGCUACUUUAAACUGAUCACAUUUAACAAAAAAAAAAAUGCAUGCACUAAAAGUAUAAAUAUAUCAGCACCUCUGGUAACACUGAGGUGCAUUGAACAGUCAAGGCCGAAGUAAACUGAGGAUACUCGAAUAGCUACACAGAAUUUGAAUACAGUCUGACUAAAACACAGCACAAAAACACAGGUUAAAGGGAUGAACCACACGAGCUACAACGCUAAAGCUGCAGCACAAAGUCAACAGGCAAGAAAAGUGGUCUGAAUAAAACAAAAGCAACACAUGGAAAGAAAACAACAGCAAAAGCAACUGGCUCUGAACACAACACAGGCAGACAACAAACUGGCAAACAAAAGGGACCGUGUGCUCAGGUAUUUAUACUGAGAAGUGGGCGGGGCUAAUAAGACAGGUGGAGAGGAUCAGGUAAUCAGUGGAGUAGCAAUCACAGGAGGCAGGAACAGGUGGAUGCAGGGGUGUGGACACAAGGACUGAAAGUAGAAACUUCAGAGGUAAAGACAAAAUCCUAAACAGUAAAUGAAGAGAUUAUGAAAAAGAAAAAUACAGUAACUUUUCAAUAUAAGGCCCUUUGCUUGCACCAAUAUAACAAGUUCUUCCCGGUAAAUACUAAUCUUGAUCCUGAUUUUUCAGUUGACUGUGCUAGCGUUCACAUGGAGAGUGCAAUGUUUUGUGACCAUGUUUUCAAAGUUUUUUAAAUAGUUAUAUUGUGUGUACUGCACAUAUAUUUCAACAAACACAAUUUGCGUCACUAGCUGUUGCUAUCGUUAAACCGAAAAAAACAUAUUUUAUGAGCAAAACAUUUUGUUACCUGCUGUAUAAAGAGAGGAUUAAACCAGUGAACUAGUGAUCUUUCUGUAGGGCAAGGGUUUUUUUUUUUUAAUUGUAGCCUUAGAAUCAAUAAAUCUAAAAUUUAGAGACUGCCAAAAAAAAAAAAAGACAGCAAAUAGAUUUAACAAACCUUAAUAAAAAAAAAAGCAUAAACAAAAAGAAAAAUGCAACAGUUUUGUGUCUUUGAAUUAAAAUCCAAAACAACAUAAACAUGCUGCAUGCUUCUUGAUGAACCAGCCCUCCUUCCAGGUCCAGGUCCUUCUGGAUGUAUGACUUCAGUUGCAAAGUCACUUUGACUCCUUGAUUCAGGAAUCAGGUAACGGGAUCAGGCUUCAUUAGGUGACUUCAGCUGAGCUGGCAGUCGGCCAGGUGAGCUGGACGCACAAAUGGACAUUGAUUUUUUAAUAAGGACCACAGAGCUGUCAGCCAACCAGGCCAUGGUGAUAUCUUGUCUUGUGGGAACAGUCCUCUUGUAUGGAUGGCCUGACAGACCAUAGACCCCUUCAUCGCUAUCCACCUCACCAAAAACUCUCUCUCUUUCUCUCUCUCUGUGUAUCACACACACACACACACACCA